AGCUGGGCCUUUAACCCAAUCGUCCCGGAUCUCCUACUGCACAAACUCACCCAUCUGUCUGCCCCUACUCCCCACCCCACCAAGUAGCUAGGACACGCUCGAGGCGAGUGGAGGUAGAGCGUUUCAGUGCACUGCUGCCUGCGUUCAGUUCGGGUAGACGGCGUGUUAACGGAAGCAAGCAGUUCAUUGUGCUGCAUAAAGUUGCACACUACGACGUGCGAUUGAGAGAAGGAAACUUGGAAUAAUUUUUCGUAGAUCCGUGAACAUGGAGGGACGUUCUGCUGUUUGGCUCCUGGCUGCGCUGCUGCUGCUGGAGGCUCUGAUCUCUGCUGAAGCCCAGAACACACUGAAGUACCUGGAAGUUGGAGGUAAACUGGUCCUCAAACCUAAACCCUCCGACACCAUCAGAAGCAUCACGUGGAAAUUCAAGGAUGGCAUUGUGGGUGAAUUUAACAAAGAGACGUUGCCCUUGGAGUAUUCCCCAGUGUAUAAGGAUCGUGCCAAGGUGGACACAACCACGGGAGAGUUGGAGAUCAGCAACAUGACGAAGACCGACAGUGGACUGUACACGGUGGAGAUAAACGACAGGAUUCAGGAUGGAGGUUAUGAUGUCAGAGUGAUCAAACAGGUGCCGGAGCCUAGAGCUAUUAUGAGACCUCUCACAUGUACCCAGAGCUCAGAGAGUUGUUCACUGAGCUGUGGUGGAGACAUUACAGAGGCUGGACCGGUCACUUUUUAUUUUAAGAAGGGAGAUGGAGGUUGGGAGAAGGGAGAUCAGACCAUAACAAUCAUGAAUAAUAACGACACACAUGCUGUUGAAACGUUCUCCUGCCGGAUGGAGAAUCCACUUGGUCAGAAAGACAGUGAACCCGUGGACAAUCCGUUCUAUGUGAAAUCCAACCCUGGGCUGAUUGUGGGUAUUGUUCUUGGAGUCCUUGCUGUGGUUGGUGUUAUUGGUGGUGUUAUUGUUGGUCUGUUCCUGAAGAAACAGAGAAGUGGCAAUGGAACUGUUACCACACCAGCAGCUUCUACUAUAGAGAAUGGAGAUAAGCCAGAGGAAAGACCACUCAAAGACAUGAGCCCUGAAGGGAUUCCUGAUUCCAAAGAAGAUGUAUGAAGCUGUGAGCCUCCAUAGAAAACCGCGUCAGAGCUUCCUGUUACUAGUUUGGUUUUCUUAUUUUUAUUAUUUCAGCAUCCUGCAUUGUGACUUCCAAAAAGAACGAACUCGGGGAAGUAUGAUUGUUGUUCUUUUCUUUUUCUAAACCUGUUCACAGGUUGUUUUCCCUUCAUGAGUCAAACAUUUGGUAAAAUGUGAAACGACUCCACAGACGGAUGCAGGAUUUUAAAUCCAGAGUUUCUCCUCACAGUAUUACAGAGGAGGAUCAGGCACUCAGAUAGUUUUACUCAAACAAAAUAAUCAGCAGCACAGUGUGGAAAUACGCUGUUACAAGUAAAAGUUAUGCCUUUUAAUGUUUUACUUAAAAUGCACGCAUCAAAAUAAAAUGACAAAAGUUCUUGUUUUGUAAAUUAUCCUGUUUUCAGUGAUGCUUCAUGGGUGUUCAUGGAGACAAUGUGCUGGUUUGUUGCCAUAUUUCAGUGAGAUUGGUUCAUUAUUUCACUCAGAAAAAAUCAGAUCAUGAGGGGAUGAUGCAAAUAAUUUUAUUUUAUUGUUUUUGCUACAUUCUGUCCUAAUCCUGAAUGUCGUCUUACAUCACGAGGAAAUGAUUUGUAACAUCACAGCACUUUAUCAGUAACAGUAUGAGGUGACACACUUUAAAUUCUACAAAACAUUUGCAGCUCCUGUUAUUCUGAUCUCUCAUUUGGUAAUAUUGCAAUAAUUAGUUUCAUAUUUUGACUAAUUCUGCAUCUCUAAUGUACAUCUCAUUAUUUGUUUGUAAUCACUUUUAGGUGGAGCUGAUUUUAGUGAUUUCAUAAACUGCUGGUUUGCUUUUCUACAAAGUCUUAAUAUAGAAAUAAUCAUUUUAUUUCUACAUUCUGUUUGGUCUUAUUUUUCUGAAUCAUGAUGAAGGGAAAACACGGAUAUUUAGGGCUGCAAACCAACAGUUACUUUAAUUAUUAGGUUUAAUCUGAGCAUUAUUUUGGUCUUUGCUUCUGUAAUGACAUAUAAAUUACACUGUGCUGUGUUACUUUCUGAUGAUGCAGCAUUUGGACGAUCCCAUUCAAUCCAGGAGAGGCAUUAUGAAACUGCUGUUUAGUUUCUUGUCAUGAUGGCAAACAGGAAUGCUCUCUUGUUGGUGCCUCUAUAGAAUCACGGCGCUUUAUUAGUAAUAAUAUGAGGGGACAUAUUUUAAAUUUAAUUUGGCAAUAUUGCAAUAAUUUGGUUCAUGUUUUGACUAAUUCUUCAUCUCUAAUAUACAGCAUUUGUUGAUAAUUAUUGAUGCGUCACUUUAAGGUGGAGCUAAUUUAGUUUUUUAUUUUCUGCACAGCUUUAGUAUCUAAGUAAUAUUUGGAGUUUUAGAAUGUAUUUUAUCUUGUUUGUCUGAAUCUGAAAGAGUGAAAAGACACAUAUUCAGGGCUGCAAACCAUCAGAUGUUGGUUUGAAUCUGAGGACUAUUUAGUCGUUCUUUGCUUCUCUAAUGACGUGUAAAUUCUACUGUGCUGCUUUCCAUACUGCAGCAUUCCAUCCAUCCCUUUCAAUCCAGGAGGUGCUGUUUAGUUUCUUAUCAUGACAGGACCAUGCUGUUAUUACUCAGCAGGGAUUCUUGGGAAGAGCUGUACCAAUGUACUUCCACAGAUGAGGAACUGCUCGAGGCUGACGUAAUAACUUUGAAUGUGAGGCUCCUAAACAUCACUGUUAGCCACGUUCAGACUGCUGGGACUGGAUUUCUGCUGCCUCACGUGUGUCAGAGACAUAUUUAUAUGAACUGUUUGGCCUUCAUUUGUCUUUCUGUGACAUGAAUUGGACCUGUGUGAAACAUCAGUACCACAGCAUUUUUACCACUCCUACAUGUCAGUUAAUGUUCAGUCUGUGCUCUUUUUAUUGCACUGUUCUCUGAUGUGUUCUUGCUUUUGUUGUGCCUUCUGUCUAAUCACUGAGAUGUUUUUGGACUUAAAAUUAAAAUGGAGUCCUUUUUUUUUCUUAAAGACGGCCAUAUUUGCUAAUUUAUAUUUAGAAUUUGUUCAUUUGUAUUAUCAGAGGCCUUAUGAAUAAACGUGUGUGUUGCUGUACAGAUGUACCAAAGGUGUGUUUCUGUAUCAACAACAGAAAGGAGAGAAAAUAAACGAGGCCGCCCUGCCUGACAUGGA